CUUGCUCCUCGUCUCCAUGCUGGUUUCAAAUUUUGCUCUUAUUCUAGCCGCGUUAACCACUUUCUCAUCGUGGGUGGGGGUAUCAGCCUUCUAUCUUCCUGGCGCUGCGCCCCAUGAUUACAGACACGGCGAGACAGUAGACUUGUUUGUCAAUGCACUCACGCCCAUGCUGGCUGCCGCUGAUAAUGCAAAGCUGAAAUCUCUAAUUAACUAUGACUAUUAUAAUCCUAGAUUUCGAUUUUGCGAACCAGAAGGCGGUCCAGCAAAGCAGCCCGAGUCUCUCGGGUCUAUUCUCUUCGGAGACAGGAUCUUCAAUUCUCCGUAUGAUAUCCGCAUGUUGCAGGACAAUGCUACAUGCCAAACAUUAUGUGUAUCACAUAUUCCCGCUGAGGACACAAACUUUAUCAACGACCGGAUAAAGGAGGAUUACGCUCUCAAUUGGCUAGUUGAUGGCCUUCCGGCUGCUGAAAUGAAGAUCGACAUGAAGACAGGCGACCUUUUUUUUGACAUGGGUUUCAACCUCGGCAACGACGAUCCUCCGUAUCACGAACAGCCUGCUCUAAAUAAUCAUUAUGAUAUCGUCUUGAGGUAUCACUCUCCCAGUCCAGAUGUCUACCGAGUUGUUGGCGUACUUGUUUGGCCCUCGAGCCGUGGUGGUCCUCAGGAUGGCGCUCUCGAGUGCGAUGCCGACGUUUCGCCGCUCGUUCUUCGAGAGGGCGAGGCAACAACAGUGCGAUACACGUAUCGUGUAAUGUGGAACGAGUCAUCUACGCCAUGGGCUACACGUUGGGAUAACUACCUUCAUAUCUUUGAUCCUCGAAUUCACUGGUUCAGCUUGAUCAACUCUCUUGUCAUCGUCGUCUUCCUAUGUGUAAUGGUAUCUAUGAUUCUAUACCGCAGUGUCUCGAGAGAUAUUUCUCGCUAUAAUGCAAUUGAUUUGAGCGAAGAUGUACAAGAGGAUUGGGGUUGGAAAUUGGUACACGGUGAAGUCUUUCGAACACCUCGCAAUCCCAUGGUCCUGUCGGUCCUCGUCGGAAAUGGUGCCCAGUUAUGUGCUAUGGUCGGUGUGACGCUUGUUUUCGCACUGUUAGGCUUCCUCUCGCCCUCGAAUAGAGGAUCUCUAGCUACCGUUAUGAUGGUCUGCUGGACAUUAUUUGGCGGGAUCGGCGGAUAUAUAUCGAGUCGUGUCUAUGCGUCCAUUGGGGGCGGCGACCGGCGAAAAAACGCGUUCCUCACGGCGACCAUUCUUCCAUCAUUUAUAUUCGCUGUUGUUUUCUUGUUGAAUUUGUUUCUCAUCACUGCAGGCUCUUCGGGAGCUGUACCAUUCGGGACAAUGCUUCUGAUCGUGCUUCUUUGGUUCGGUGUCUCUGCUCCCCUUUCUGCAAUCGGCGCAUAUUUCGGUUCCAGACACGGAGCCAUUGCCCAUCCAGUUAGAGUGAAUCCAAUUCCCCGACAAAUCCCUCCCCCUCCAAAAUAUCUUAAGCCAUGGGCUUCGACCCUCCUUAGUGGCAUUCUUCCCUUUGGCGCUGCGUUCGUUGAGUUGUACUUCGUCCUCUCAAGUUUGUUCGCAUCCCGCGCAUACUACGCCUUCGGCUUCCUCGCGUUGACUGCGGGAGUUGUGGCUCUUACGACUGCAACUGUGACCAUCCUCUUUACAUACUUCAUCCUCUGUGCUGAAGAGUAUAGGUGGCACUGGCGUGCAUUCCUCACCGGAGGUGGCAGCGCGUUUUGGCUACUUGCUUAUGGAAUAUUCUAUUGGGCCUCACGUUUGUCGCUCGACUCUUUCUCCGGCGUGGUCCUCUACCUAGGCUACCUCUUCCUCCUUGCCCUUCUCGACUUCCUUGUGACAGGAACGAUUGGAUUCUUGGCAACCUACUGGGCAAUGCGCAAAUUGUAUGGGUCGAUCAGGAUCGACUGAGCUUCAGGAUGGAGUAUGAUUGUCAAUGCCUUGUGCGGAAGUGUCAUAUAACAGUACACCUAGCUUGAUGUAGAUGAUGAGCAGCCAUUCAAUUCUCUGAGUCUGUCAUGGAGGGGAAAGAGGCCGCACUAUGUGCUUGAAUCUGGUCAUUUUGCUCGAACGAGUACGGCCAAUACAACAUCAAGCUAGAGACAUAAUUGCAUGUUUGGACUUCCCGUUGAGAUAGAGACCGCCCGAAGACACAAGGGCCCUCGCGGCACCGUUCGAUGGAGCCAGCUUGUAACGAACAGCCAGAUGCGCGACUGGUACGCCGAAUAUCUCGUUACUGUUGACAAAAUGAAGGCGUGUGUCUCCUCUAAAUGCGUGCAGCACAUCGUUCGCAAGGAUGUCUGUCAAGUCGGUCUCAAAGAGCACUUUAGUUGCGGCUUGGGCACGUUUCACGCCUUGAACUGUAUGCACAAGCUCAGUCACUUCGUCAGCGAGUAUCUUCUGAGCUAUUCGCUGUUGGGGGUGUUUUUGGUGCUUUGAGACGAUAUCAUCAAUAGUUGAUAGGGGGAGGAGUGUGAACAGACGCAGAUACCGACCAACAUCGUCAUCCAAGGUCCGCAUGAAGAACUGGUAAAAAUCAAACACACUGGUGAAACUUUCAUCCAACCACACAGCGUUGCCUGAGCUCUUCCCAAACUUUUCCCCCGUUGCUGUGGUGAGCAGAGGUGUGGUGAUACCAAAACCUCUAUCACCCUCUGAAGUUCCUGAAGUCGAAGAAUUUGUAGUUCGGUUUAUCAGCUCGAUGCCUGCAAUAAUAUUUCCCCAUUGAUCUGAUCCCCCGAUU